AUGACUAAAGAUCCAAAUGAUAGCAGGGAAAAUUUAGCAGAUGAUCCGACAGACAGUUCACCUACUGCAUCAAUUACUGAUGAAGAUAAUACUGAUCAUCAAUCGAGUGGACAUCUUGAAGAUGAUCCCCAGAAUAAUAACCCACCGCCACAAACAGAUUACAACGACGUUAUAUCCAUGUUGGAUCCCUUCAUGUCAAAUAUAUUAGUCGACGACCUCCCGAAGGACAUAACCAUAACAUGUAUGGAUGCUGAUGAGAACCACAUAUAUUUGGGAACGUCUGAAGGUGAACUUUUGCACUACUACGAAAUAGAAGGCGGAGAAUAUCUAUUGGUAUCCAGAAUGCCGUUUGAAAAUAAUUCGACAUCUUCAAUUAAAAAAAUAAAACUACUUCCAAAUAUUGACAGGGCACUUAUCUUAUGCGGGACCAGGCUAGCCAUGUUUUUACUACCUGAAUUUGCGCCUUGUCCAAAUGUCAAAUCAAUUAACGAUGUCAAUGAUUUCGAUAUACAUUCAUAUUCGAGAAGUACGAACACUUAUAGAACAUUAGUUGCAUCUGACAAAAAUAUUAUGGUUUUCAAAUAUGGCUCUAAUGCAAUAUCUGCUGGUAAGAUAUUGAUAGACUACAAGAACGUUCAAUAUAUAAAAGCUCAUGACAAUAUACUGCUACUAGUUAGGGAUUACGAGUAUGAGCUUUAUAAUCUAGAAGACCGUAAUUCAAUUCCUUUAUUUCGUGUUUCUGAGACUGGUAAUGGAUCGAUUAAUCCUUUGAUGGAAGAUUUUAAUAGUAAAAUGUUUAUAUUAUCCUCUGGUGGGAACAGCAAAGACGACAACGCCAUGGGCCUAGUUGUGGAUCAUGUUGGUGAGAUAGUUAAAGCAACGUUGGUGUUCGAACAUUAUCCCCAAAACGUGGUAAUACAUUAUCCUUAUAUCCUAGCCCUCUUUCAUGAUGGACAGCUGUUAAUAUAUAGAUUAAAAAUUGAUGAAGAGCCAGAGUUGGUACAAAGGAUAACAAAUAAUGAUGGUAACACACUUCUCACAAGAGUCAGGAUGAGAUUUAAAGUUUCAUAUCAAAAUAAUAAAAUGGUAGCUGAACUAGUGGAAAAAAUUCGAAAAGUACCAUUAUCACAUGAUGACAACUCUUUCGGUGUUGAUAGAGAGAAAGCACUUGCAGAAAAUAUGAUUGAACCAACAAGUUCAAUAAUUAUGUGGUAUAACGCAAAAAUAUACUGCCUCUUUACAAAACCGUUUCUUUGCUCAAUUAAUAAGUAUGGCAAUGAUGAAGUCAAAAGAAUUCAAGAAUAUAUUGAACAUAGAAAGAAUUCUGACUUAAAAAUCUCUAAACUCCAAAAAGUUGAAAUGAAGUACUUAAGUAACUUAGUGCUGUUAUGGGACUUAUUUGAUACAAACAUCAUCAACAAACAUACGAUACAGAAAUGGGUGGACAAUAGUGAUAGAGUAGAUGUUCGCCAACUGCUGUUUCUCUUAGAUUAUGAAAUAUUCGGUGAAAUUUGGAUAUUUAAUGGCUUAAACAGAAUGAUGAAGCAUUUAAAAACGCUGCCUUUAAAAAAUAAAUGUAACAAAUCAUCACAACUGGAUGAUCUUCAAUAUUUCCAGAAGAUUCUGAAAGACAAAUAUUGUACAAGGGAUAAAUUACCUAGAGAGUAUAAAAGUACAAUGAAAUCUCUUACUAUUGCUAUAUUUAGGAUUUUAUUAGCAGAAGGCAAACAUAUCAAUUUAGAUGAAUUCGAGGACGCUUAUCUGCCAGAGCUGAUACAUAUAAUACAGAAAGAAUCCGAGCCUAAUGAUCACAAUGAAAUGCUUAUUCGAAUCUAUACUAAAAUGAAAGAUCAUGUCAGCGUUUUACAUGUACUAAAAUCCGAAAGAAACUUCUCGGAAUUAAUGAGUUACCUCGAUAAAAAUGUGGAAAAACUGUCCAAAGAGUUUUUAGAGACUGAACUAAUCGAUAUAAUUUACUUUGUUCUUAGUGAAACUAAGGAUGUGAACAGUAAACUGAUUUCUGAUAUUUUCAAAAUUUUAAAUAGGGCGUCCAUAGACAGCUCUUUGUUUCUGGGUAAAAUUCAGAAUAACACCCAUCUAAAAGUUAAGGUUCUUGAAGUGAUAGGGACAAAAAAUACAAAAGAUGAAAACUUCUUGCUGGAUUAUUAUAUAGCCAAUAUGAAAGAGGAAUUUGAGGACAACAAUUUAUCAACAUUUUUACUAGAGCAAUCUGAUAACUAUAAAAACACAUACAACUACUUCAAAAAACCACUCCACGAGUUUCUUACUACCAGAGUAGACAAUGAAAGCACAUUCCAAAAGUUUAGAGUUUGGAAGACUCAAUGUAGCCGCCUUACUACAAGAAACACUUUACUUGAGAAAGAAUAUUUUGAUCAGGUAAAAACCUUUAAUGAUACUAACACAAAUAUAUUAUUAUUCUAUCUGUUUUUCGAUAUUCCAGAUAUGCUAUCAAAAUAUUGGUUAAACAAUGAGCUUCACGAACUUAUAAUCGAUUAUAACGACUUCCUUCAAAUUGAGGAAUAUACAAACGAGAAAAACUUCAUUGACAUAUUAAACAAAUAUCUUAUGAUUAACGACCGAUACGAUAAAAUGCUAAUUGUGACGACAUUUUUAAAGCGAAAUCAAAAGGUUUAUCUUCACAAUAGGGAUCUAAAAAAUAAAGUACUUGAUGUACUACCAUCUGAGUUGCCACUUAACAUUAUUCAUGAGGUUUUACAUAGUAUCCUUACGAAGGGUGAAAUGUGUAUAACCGAAUUUGAGAUUAAGAAGUCGCUCUUGAAAGCUGACACAAAACUCUACAGCAAGGUACUAAACACAAUUCUAGAUAAAUGA